ACCUUAUUUUAAUCCCCAGUCUUGUGACACAUCGCCAGGGGGCGCUCGGGGUCUGCCUUGACGCUGCACAUUGAAGACGGCGUAGAAGAAGAGUUAGUAUUGUAAACACAAGGAUAUGGCUGACGAGAGGGUUGGAGGUGAAGACAACAUUAACGACAACAUGGGGAACCAGUUACAGCUUUUACCAGACAACGAGGAAGAGGAGGAAGAUAACAUGGAGACUGAAGACCGAGACAGUGAGGAAGCAGAGAAGCCCACCAUCAUCACCUUUGACCCCAGUCUUCCCACAUCACAUGCUUACCUGGGUUCAGACAUGGAGGAGUUUCACGGCCGUACAGUCCACGAUGAAGACAGCUUUCAGACCAUCCCUGUGCUGCCACACACAGCUGUGAUGCUGGUGCCAGGCCAAACGCUGCCUCUGCAGCUCUUCAGGCCGCAGGAGGUCAGUAUGAUGCGGAGCAUCAUCCAGAGAGACCGCACCUUUGCUGUGCUCGCACACAGCAAUGACACAGGUGAGCCGGAUGCAGAGUUUGGGACAACAGCGGAAAUCUAUGCUUACCGAGAAGAGCAGGAAUAUGGCAUUGAAACUGUCAAAGUGAAAGCUGUGGGGAGGCAGAGAUUUAAGGUCCAUGACAUAAGAACUCAGGCAGACGGGAUCAGACAAGCCAAAGUACAGAUCCUUCCAGAACGAAUCCUUCCAGGUCCUCUCUCUGCCGUGCAGCUAACACCCCUCUCCAGGCUCCACAUGCACCCCUCCUCCAAACCCCCAACUCAGAGCUGCAAACAGGCCCAGCGCUGGUGGAAUAACUACCAACAGAGGAAGUUUCACUGUGCCAGUCUGACGCCAUGGCCUCCCUGGGUCUACGCUCUCUACGACUCUGAGUCACUAAUGAACAGAGUGAAGAACCAGCUCCAUGAAUGGGACGAGAAUCUGAAGGAUGAAUCUCUCCCAACGAACGCCGUAGACUUCUCCUACAGAGUGGCAGCCUGUCUGCCCAUAGAUGACGCUCUGCGGCUUCAGCUGCUGAAGAUUGGGAGUGCCAUCCAGAGACUUCGCUGUGAACUGGACAUCAUGGACCGGUGCACGUCACUGUGCUGUAAGCAGUGCCAGGACACAGAAAUCACCACAAAAAUUGAGAUCUUCAGCUUGUCUCUGUAUGGCCCCAUGGCUGCAUACGUCAACCCGCACGGUUACGUCCAUGAAACCCUGACGGUCUACAAAGCAAACAACCUCAACCUGGUCGGCAGGCCAUCCACACUGCACAGCUGGUUUCCAGGGUAUGCCUGGACAAUUGCUCAGUGCCGAACCUGCGGGUCUCAUAUGGGUUGGAAGUUCACAGCCACCAAGAAGGACUUGACUCCAGCUCGUUUCUGGGGUCUGACGCGUUCAGCUAUGCUCCCUCGUAUCCCCCAGGACAAGGGGGAGGAGGGGAGACAGGGCUCUCGCCUCUUCUGCCUGUGAAGUUGAACUACCAUUUAUCGUAAAAAAACAAAAACAACUGCUAACCCCCCAAGCCUGGAUCUUCAUGCACUCUCUGGCUGUGAUUAUUUCUAGUAAUCAAUGCAUCACACAGCGCCUGUCACCCUUUGCAGUAAAUCCAUCAUAUUAGUGGAAAGGUCAGUAGGCCUUUAAAUGGCGCUCAAAGAGCUAAUUAGAACGGGAUGGAGGUAGUGAUUUUUCUUUAAAGUUCUUAAGAUGUAAAAGCAGCAGUGAGAUGACAAAGUGCAUUGUGAGAAAGUGAUGCAGAAAUAGAGAAUAACAGAUUGAACAGAUUGUUUCCAUGACACGGCUAAUCUGUACCCUUGGUAGCUGUAGACACACAUACUCAAAAGCUAUGCUUAAUGCAUAAUUUCCCUUCUACUCCUUUCCUCUGUAUCAUGGAGUUUCAUUGCAUGUAGCUGAAGUAGAGAUAUUGUUGGUCACAUACUUUAAUCUGUUGUAAAACCAACCAGUUAAUAUGAAUUAUCUUAUCUUAUCUUAUUCAGAUCCUUUGUGGGUUACUCAGAUAUGUUGUCUCAUUUUAGCUGCCGUGAGUUAAGUGGAGGGAAUGAAAGGGCACUUGUGCACUAUAGGGGAUAUUUUCAAUCUUGGAAUUAAAUUGGAUGUAUUUUUGUAUGCAAAAAGAUUGGAAAGUAAUUUAACAUAUUCAUCCAUGUGUGCUUUUUAUUAUCACAUCAGUUUUUUGAUGCAAUAAACAGAAACUGAGGUGACAAUAACCACAAUGUGUAAUAUACUGGUGUAUAUUGAUACGUGAUAAAACUAGUGUCUGUUUUGUAUUCAACGAAGGUUCAUUGUCCUGUCAGAUGAUGUACUUCAGGAAGCAAACAUGUGGAAAUUAGAGAUAUCCUGGUGUCUAAUGGAGGACUGCUUUUUUUUCCUUCUAAAAAGGUUCAAGCUAAUUUACACAGAGAAUGAGAGGAGCUUUUACCUGUCUUCAUUUAGUUUGUUCAUGUGUGGCAUGUUAAAAUGGUGUGCCUACACCCCAGCUCAGUGUCUUUUGAUGAGUUUGAUAUAUCAGUGAACGACAGAUGUGAAUACAAAGGUUGUGAGUGAUGAAGAGACAUGAUUUAUAUAAUGUUUUUUUUAAAUGUUUUUUUGUGGUUUGUAGUUUUGCAGUUUUCCGGAUUUUACUUCUUGCGAUUUUGUUGCAAGGUACUGGCUCUUGUUUGUAUAAAUGUAGCUGUAAAUAAGAGGCAGUUAUAGCAUUUUUUUGUGUAAUAUAAAUGGUAUUCUGUUUGUAAGUCUGACUCUUAUCUCGCAUAUCUCCUUAUGUCACAGGGAAUUGUUUCGAAAUAAUCUUGUCAGUAGUAAAUCAUUAAUCGCAAUAAGAAAUCAUCUAGAUUGUGAAGAUGUUUUUUUUUAGAAUUAAAUAUUUUUGGUUAUUUUCUUACAGGACGUUUGACAUUUUGGAAAGUAUGCUUAUUUGCUUUUUUUUGUCGAUAUUUAGAGGAGAAAAUAUAUACUACUUUCAUGUCUGUAGGAUAAAUAUUUUGCUACCACCAGCAGCUGGUUAGCUUAGCAUAGGACACUGACUGGAAACAGAUAAACAGCUGGCCUGGCUCUGUCAGAAGGUAACACAAUUUACCUACAAGCACCAUUACAUUUUACUAAUCACAUCUCGUGUGUGUUUACACUCAUUUUUUAAUUAUACAAAAAGUGUAAGAAAGAUCAUUUGUGAUUUGACGGAGGUUAUGGCUAUUUCCUGGAUGUGGAGAUUCCUGUUCCUAGUUUCCACUUUGUUUGUUUUUUCUUUUAGAUUAAACCGGCAUUUUUGAACAAUGCCAGGCUAGCUGCUUAAAUGUGUUUCCAGUAAUUAUGCUAAGCUACCUAGCUGCUAACUGUAGCUUGAUAUUUACCGUGCAGAUAUGAGAAUGGUAUUUCGAUCUUGACACAUAGGCUUAAUCCUCGGCGUUAAAGCAAAUCUGUGUAGAAAUAUGGUCAUAACUGUUUUUUAAAGGGUGAUGGAUUUUAAUUGAAAAUGAUUAUGUUAUUCUUACGGUCUGUAUAUAAGCACCAUGUCAUAUGGGUGUACAGUUCUGAGUUGUGUAACCUAUCACUUGAGGAAAUUUUCCAGACUUCUCUCUGCUCCCUCUGCAGCCACAAAAGGCUUUUUUCAGAUCUGCAGUUGUAUUCCCCAAGACCUGGAAACAGACUUUGAUAAUCUUAUGUCAAAUCGGUGAAUCGGUUUAUGAAUCAGAAAAUGUAAACUUCCUCAGAAAUAUGCCCCAAUGUAUUUUGAUUGGAUUCACAUUUUAAAUCUUAUACUUCUUCUUAUAUAAUUUU